AUGUCUGACAAAAGAUUUCUCUCUUUACGACUUCCUGAAGACUCAAGUGACGAGGAAGUAUCGUCCGCGAUAGUGUCCUUGCUCAUCUCUGCGAUCCACGAUGAACGCCCAGAAAAGACAGUAUCCGACGUGUACCACAUCAUCGUAAGUGAAGGCUUGACUUCCUGCUUGGAUCCACUCAACAUGCUUCCACAUCUUUUAUCGUGCAACCACCCAGGAGCACAGGACAUGGUUUCUCUCAUCGGAGAAUGUGGCUCAGCAAAGGAAGUGGUUAUGACCGUCCAAGAAGCAGUCGAGCGUCUGGCACCAUCCUUCGACGACCCGGACGACGCCGGGACCAGUAGAGAGGAGCCAUCCGUCAGAAAAGUGCAGCAGCUCGUUGUCUUGAUCGAUCUAUAUGCUGCAGCGAUUCCGAGGAUAAAGCUUCGUCGAAAAUCGGCAUCCGAAACGGUUGAGCCGUUGUUCAGCGAGUUGGAUGCAGUCUUGAAGUUUGCCAGAGGAGAAGCUACUCGGGACGAGGGUCGCUCUCUCAUCUCAGGCGUGUCGAGGCUUGUUCAGAGGGUAUGGACGUGGAAAGGAGAGGAGCAGUUUGACAAGACGAUCCUGAAAGGAUUGCUCGAUCGAGUAGCCAUUUCUUUCUCUCAGUGCAUACAGUCUUCGAUAGCACAACGAACGUUUGCAGAGUGUUUCCCCCGAUUGGCGUUCCGGACGAAGUUAGAUCCUGACUCGGAGGCGGGUAAUACAGCGAUUACUGAUUUGCUUGAUGCUUAUCAGACUAUUGGACACGGUAUUAUCACGCUUUCCGGCUCCUCAUCAGUGAGCGACCUCCUGCUCAGCGCCUACUGCCCCCCACCCAACCCAGAUGUCUCGAAACUCUUCACCUUCCUGCUCCCUCCGCUUAUCUCGUCUCUCGAAAGCAACACAUUCCUCGAUGAAACCUUGGCCGUCCUUCUACGAUCUCUCUACACCUGGACAACUGCGUCCUCAUUAGAUCGACGGCACCUUCCACUAGAAGUCACCUCCCCUUUCACAAGCUCCCUACCAUCCGUCGCCAGUGCCCACCCCGACACUACAACCCGGCAUCAGGCUUUCCGCUCUCUAUCAAUGUUACUCGCGGCGAGCGACCCGAAAUUGCGCUUCCAAACCCUUGUUGAGCUCACUCGACAUUCCGAGUUUCCGCAGAUGCGCGUUGCAGCGGUGGGAUUGGUCAAGGAGGGCCUGCUUGACGCCAUGUCACAAGCAGAGGCUCGAGCAGCGAAGGUGGAAGAGGGCAAGGUCAACGUGAAGGGGCUGAAGGACGAGACGUUCCUCAGCCCCUUGUUCUUACGGACGUUUGGCCCGAUCCUCUUCCGGCCAGACCCUCCCGACUUGUUCGCAUCGGAGUCGCUCGAGCUCAAGGCGUUCCAGGAGACGUCGGAACCCACGCGGUUGGUCGAGUGCUUGUCGCUUUAUUACGUACUUUUGCAGCGGGAUCGACAUAAUUUGACGUGUAUCAGGGAUAAAGACGUCUUGAAGACCGUUGAGAAUAAUUUACUGACGCCGCUGCGGAGGAACUUAGACAGAUGGCUGGACGGUCCAGCUGGUUCUGAGAGCCAUCUGCAUGACAUUACGCCGAUUGUCUCCCUCAAAAUCGGUCUGGAAAGAGUUGAUGCUGCCCGAGAGGCACUGGUUUCUCAGUGA